AUGACUACAAUAGAAGAUUUACCCAGGGAAAUCGUAUCCUUAAUUUGCAGUCUGCUUAAACAACCAGAAAAAUAUAACUGUGUAUUUGUGAAUAAAGAGUUUCAUUCAGCCUCAAUACCUGAAUUAUGGAGGGAGCCCACACUGCCUACGACCUAUUCACUUCAUCAAUUGAUCAAAUGUUUAAAUCACUCUAAACAUCAAAGAGGUGAUUACAUACGAAUGUUAAAACUAGAUUACACAAUCAGUAUCCAUGAUGAGGAGCUGUUGAGUCUUUUACAACUGAUACCCAACCUCGAAGUCCUUGAGAUAAGACAAGCCGAGCAGCUGACGGACAAGAGCAUAAUACCCAUCUCAAAGUACUGUAAGCAGCUUAGAACUCUGCUCAUCGUCGGUUCGCCCAUGUCAUAUCGAUCAGCUCAUUACCUUGGCAAAUGCCAGCAGCUACAAAGGCUCACUCUGGCAGCCUGUCCCAAUCUGACACCGAUGACCUUAUUGCCGUUUGCCGAAUGUGCGAUUGAGCAUCUGGACCUCUCAGGCUGUAAGUGGUUGACAGCCAGCGACACAGCGAUCGAUCUUUGCUCAUUCACACACUUGACUCAUCUGACUCUUAUCUGUUGCGAUGCCAUAUCCUCCGAUUUUCUUCAUCAUCUUACAGGCGCAUUGCCUCAACUGCAGGAUUUUUCCAUCACAGGGAAUGCCGUCAUCGAUGAUGACGCCAUCAUACCAUUCUUAAAGACACACGCCCGUAUUCGUGGACUCUUUUUACUCGAAUGUGCUAUUACAGAUAGCACCUUGGAGGUGAUUGCCAGCUGUUUGCCUGAUCUACAUAACCUCGAUAUUUCCUUUUGCACCUCGCUCACACCCAAUGGGAUCCGUAUCCUCGUCGAUCGAUGUCAGAAUCUGAGGCUACUAGGGCUCAAAGAGUGCUCCAUCGCUCGUGAUGAUUUACCUGAAAUUCCAUAUAAUGAAAAUGAACCGUUCUUCAAUACAUUGACUUUUAUCGAACUAGAUUACAUGCGUAAUUAUCUUCAUGAAGGACGAACGUCACAAGAUAGACGACUUCAAGAUGAUGAACAAGAACAAGAUGAAAGCGUACGUGAAAGCUAUGCAUACAUUCAGCGUUACUUGAACACGGAGCAAGUUCAUUAG